AUGGACUGGCAGGGGAGAUCCUGGUCUCCACCCGGAGGGCUUCCUACCUCGAAGCAUGCUUGCAUCACACCUGGAACACCCAAUAUGGCGAUGGAUGCGGGCCACCAGACACAUCUUAUGGAGAGAACCGGAGUUCUGCUUAGGUUGGAUAGCCUACUUGCUACAUUCAUGCAGAACCUGCAGCAAAGGUACAUCCUGCUUACCAUGUCAUUCCCACUAACACGCUCACCAAAGCUGAUUCACCGAAGUACUCGAGACCGGGUUACAGACCCUAUGGCGGCCCGCCUUCAGAGACGCAGACCGCACCGGCAACACCAGAGAGCAAUGAAGCACAAGCACAUACAGAGACUGGGCAACUGUGAGCCGGGGACGUUGUCUCCCAGAAGUGCUGAAGUGCAGCGGGUUCCACGGCAAGCUAAAUAG